GUAUCCAUUAGAGGCAGCCUCGGGUCGAGUGGCUGCGUCGCCCCGAGGCCGCGCAAGUGGAGACGCUUGCUCAACCUGAGGCUCGCCGCGACACGAGGCAAAUUCGUCGCCGCGAGCCGAGCCAUAUUUUGUCGGUUUUUUUACUGUGCUCAAAGGGGCCUCAGUCUGAGCCGUGCUUUGAUGGAGACGGUCGUGUCGCCUCGGAUCGCAAUGGACAACGAAACUGCUAUUCAAUUGAUAAAAUUAUACGAGCGGCACCGUGUUCUCUGGGAUCCGUUACAUAAAAAAUAUUACGACAGAAAUGUGAAACAGGAUGCGUGGAACGUUAUUAGUGCCAAAUUGGGGAUUGCAGUGGAAGAUUUAAAAAAGAAGAUUACCUGUCUCACGGGGUCGUACCGACGAGAAAAGUCACGACAUAAGAACAGCUUGACCACGGGAUCAGACAAAUUUACUCCACGUCCUACAUUAGAGACUACGUUGGCUCUGCUUAGGAUACCGUGGACGGCCAAGCGCACAAAUGCGUCUAUUCUUUCCCAACUGGACAUCAAAACACGAUUGUCCACCAUCUGCCGACAUCGGUUGCUGGCAUACUUUGGCCAUGUAAUGCGAAGAGGAGCUGAGAGUCUCGAGAAACUGGUCGUGAUUGGUGGAGUGGAAGGCAAGAGAGGUCGCGGUCGCUCGCCAACCAGGUGGACUGACCAAGAAUUAUCAACGGCGAGGGAGUCGGCGGCGACAGAAACUAAUGAAAAUAAUGUAACUAAUGAAAAUAAUGAAACUAAUGAACAUAAUGAAACUAAUGAAAAUAAUGAAACUAAUGAAAAUAAUGAAACUAAUAAAAAUAAUGAAACUAAUGAAAAUAAUAAAACGAAUGACUCUAAUGCAACAUCAACAAGUCAACUAUCUGCAAAUACUGAUCUGCCUACUGCCAGCUCUGCCAAUCGCAAAAGGAAGGCCACUAAAAAGAAGGCAGAAGCCUCAUCCGUUUUAGACACUACCAACGACGACAUAUUACUACAGAAUUCUUUGGAUGUACUUAAUACCACCGAUGAUACGUAUGAUGUCGUCGGAAAAUUAGUAGCAUCUGAAUUAAGAAAAUAUGACCCCCGCACUUUAACAUGCGUAAAGAAAUAUAUAAUGGACAUAAUUUUCGACGCAGACAUGGGAAGAUUUCAGAGCAAUUAUGGAUAUUUUACGCAGCAAUCUCAAAAUGAGUCAUCUUCUGCAUCCAACUACGCAUCUUCAACAUAUAUUCACACGCCCAGCCCGCAAACACCCAUACCAAGCCCGCAAGCACCCACGCCCAGCCCGCAAGCACCCAUACCAAGCCCGCAAGCACCCAUGCCAAGCCCGCAAGCACCCACGCCCAGCCCGCAAGCACCUAUACCAAGCCCGCAAGCACCCAUGCCAAGCCCGCAAGCACCCACGCCCAGCCCGCAAGCACCCAUACCAAGCCCGCAAGCACCCACGCCCAGCCCGCAAGCACCCAUGCCAAGCCCGCAAGCACCCACGCCCAGCCCGCAAGCACCCAUGCCAAGCCCGCAAGCACCCACGCCCAGCCCGCAAGCACCCAUGCCAAGCCCGCAAGCACCCACGCCCAGCCCGCAAGCACCUAUACCAAGCCCGCAAGCCCCAACACGAAACCAGUUUGCGGCACCGGCACUAGAUUUAAUCUUUAACAAUGAUUUUCCUUAA